AUGAGAACUAACAAAUUCACUUCAUCAUCAUCCGCAUCAUCGGAAAGUGAAGACGAUGCAGAACGGACAACAAGAACGGAAUCAUCAUCCACAAAUAAUUUAUCAUCAUCAUCAGGUACAACAACAUCACCACAAAAUAAUCUUGAAAUUGGUAAAGAAUUGAAAUUAACUCGAAUUAUUGUCAAAGGUUUACCCUCGCAUGUAACGAACUCCCAAUUCAAAAAGUUAUUUGAGGAAUAUGGACAAGUAACCGAUGCAAAGAUUAUGAUGGCAAAGAACGGGAAAAGUAGAGGAUUUGGAUAUAUCGGAUAUAAGAGGCAUGAUGAAGCUUUGAAUGCUUUGCAAGAAAGAAAUCAGACGUUUGUCGGAAUGGCUAAAAUUACGGUUGAAUUUGCAUUACCUUACAAAGAUUCAAGAUUGGAGCCACCAAAGAGUAAAAAUUCAAAAGCUGCUCUUGCCAUCAAGAAAGCAACGAGUAGCUCAACAACAACAGCUUCUGCCAAUGAGGAAGAGGUGGAUGAGUUUUUGGGAAUUGGAAAGAAAAAAGUAUCUGGUCCAAAGUUUUGGGAAAAUGAUUUAGAGGACGAAUUUGAUGACGAGCUUCGGAAGGAUAAGCAAAAGGCAGAAGCUGAAACGGUUGACGGCUCCAAUAACACGGACGACGACACAAAAGAAACGGCCACCAAGAAGAAGAAACGAGACAAUGAAACAAGCAAAUCUGACAAUAACAUGAUGCUGGAAAAAGAUGACAAUAACCUGUUGUAUUUUGAAGAAAACGAGGACGAAGAUCCUGGCCGACUCUUUGUGUACAAUCUUCACUUUACAACCACAGAAGAAGAAUUGAAAGAAUUAUUUGAACCAUUCGGAGAAAUUUCUGAGAUUCAUAUUCCAAUCGAUAACGAAACUAAGAGGUCGAAGGGUGUUGCAUUUAUUCAUUUCUUAAUUCCAGAGCAUGCUGACAAGGCCAUGAACGCUCUCCAUAAUUCCAUCUUUCAAGGUAGAAUGAUUCACGUCACAAAAGCGAAAGAGAAGCCAAAUUUUAAUGUGGAAAAGGAAAAUAUGUUCCUUGGCAAGUCCAAAUAUAAGAGAGAACAAAUGAAAAAGUUGAGAGAACAAGCCGGUUCGUCACACAACUGGAACGCGACAUACAUGAGUGCGAACACCGUCAUGGAAAGCAUGAGCAAACAACUUGGAGUUUCAAAGAGUGAAUUGUUACUGAAUAAUAGAGAUUUUUCGAAUGUAGAUGAUAAUGCAGCUGUGAGAAUGGCUCUCGCGGAAACAGAGUUAAUCAAACAAACGAAGGAAGAACUUCAAGAUCAUGGAAUUAAUUUGGAUUUAUUGAACAAACCUGCAGGGCAAGUCAAGUUAUCUAGGACGGUAAUUUUGGUGAAAAACAUUCCUUUCCACGAGAACACAGAAAAGUUAAAACAAGAACUUCAUGAUUUGUUUGGUUUCAAAAGUAGAAGAAUUUCCAGAAUCAUUAUUCCUUCAUCCAAGACAAUUGCACUUAUUGAAUUUUAUGAACCUGUAGAAGCACGACAAGCAUUUACUCACUUGGCCUACAAGAAUUUUUAUAACGUUCCACUCUAUUUACAAUGGGCACCUGAAGGAGUUCUGCCUCCAAAGAAAGAAGAAAAGAAGGAAGAGUCAAAGAAAGAGGAUAAAGGCCCUGUUCGAGUGGCAGAUGAAGGCGAUGACAACCAAGAAAGCACAGUAUUGUUCAUCAAGAACUUGAACUUUAAAACAACCGAAGAGAGUCUGAAGGAAUUGCUCAAGAUUUACAAACCUCGAUCCGUUCGUAUUGUGACAGAAAAUGGUAAAAGUAAGGGUUUCGGCUUUGCAGAGUUUGGCAGUGUGAAGGAUGCUGUCAAAGCGCACGACGAAUUACAUGGUGUCGAGCUGGAUAAUCACAUCUUGGUUAUUCACUAUUCCAAUAUUCAAUCCACAGUGAAAACCACGACAGAACCAAAACUUAAAAAACAAGAGGUCUCAUACAAAGAUGAAGAAAAGGGUGUAACUGUGACCUUUAAAAAGUUAGUCGUGCGAAACGUUGCUUUCGAAGCUACUCGACAAGAUUUGUAUCAGCUCUUCAGCACGUACGGUCAAGUGAAAACCAUUCGUUUACCAAAGAAAGUGGGUUCCAACUCACAUCGAGGUUUUGCUUUCGUGGAAUUUGUUUCUCCAAAAGAAUGUCAUCAAGCGUAUCAAGCUCUCAAACACAGUCACUUGUAUGGUAGAACACUCAAACUCGAAUUCAGUGAAGAUGUCAACAUGGAGAACAUUCGAGAUGUUCAGGAACGAAAUCGAGAAGAAUACUUGGAAAAGGAAACAAAGAAAAGCAAAGCCAGUGCAGGAAAGCGAAAACGUGAUGCUUUCUUAUAA